AUGUUGGCUGUUCCAAUUGCUUUAGCUUUUGGGUUACAAGUUGUUGCUGCUACACCUUACUCGGCACCGUACUUUGGUAAAUUCUUCCACGGUCAAAGAAUUUCUGGUGACUCUUCAUCUGAUGGUAAUAACUACCCAGUUCAGGAUUGUUCCAGCUUUAUUGAAAACACUCCUGAUUCCUGGUCUUGUCACAACACUUCGGUCAUUUCAUCUGACAGCCAAUGUUGCUUCGAGGAUUAUGGUAUAUUGUUACAAACCCAAUUUUGGGAUUUCAACACCACUUUGUUGGAUGUUGCAGUCAACGGUUCAACUCAAGAAGUGCUUGAUGCUGAGAUCAGAAGCAAGAUUGAAACAUUUGAUGACGACAUCAAGUCAACCUUCACCAUUCAUGGGUUAUGGAAUGAUCUUUGUAAUGGAUCGUACAAUCAGUACUGUCAACCUGAUUGGGAAGUUGACAAUGCCAAGGACAAUCUUACUUAUCUCAUUGGUGAAAAGUUUGACAAACCAGAGUUGUUGAAAAUAAUGCAAAAAUAUUGGAUCAAUACUCUCAAGUCAAACGUUGAAGAUCAGGCUAGUAUAGCAUUGUGGGAACACGAGUAUAACAAACAUGGUACUUGUAUGAACACAUUACUGCCAUCUUGUUUUGUUGGUGACUAUCAAGAGUUCGAAAAUGCAGUCAAUUUUUUUGAAAAGACAGUUGAGAUAUGGUCACAACUUGACACUUUCCAGUUCUUAGCAAGUGCGGGAAUAUAUCCAACUGUGACAAGGCAAUACAAGUUGGGUGAUAUUGAAGCUGCUUUGCAAAAGGCACAUGGUGCAUCUGUCUAUGUUGGUUGCUUGAAUGAGUCCAUCAGUGAAAUUUGGUAUUAUCAUAAUUUGCAAGGAAGCGUCUUGACAGGAACAUAUAAACCAAUUGAUUCCUUGGCAAAUAGUACCUGUAAGGAAGAUGUUUGGUACCUUCCCAAGUAG